AUGGUCUACUGGAAUGACGUGGCAGAAAGGAGAAAUUCAGUCUUCAAGGAUGCAUAUAAUGAAAUAUCAAAGGUACUUUUCCCAAGUUACGACUACUUACCUCAACGUCUUAAAUUGAUUUUUCUGUUUAUGGGAGUUUUCCCUCGAGAUUACCACACUCCCACUUCCAAGAUCAUCAUUAUGCUCAUGGCUGAGGGGUUGCUUUCCUCGUAUGAAUCGGGAUGUAAAUAUAUGAAAGAGCUAGCCUACGACUACAACCUUGUUUUACGCAUCUUGAAGAGCGUUGAUAUAACUCAUCCUGAGUGUCGAGUUACUGAGUUUAAAACUUGUUGGCUUCAUUCUUCAUGGCGGCACGUGUGUAGAGAAGAAGCUAGUAAGAACAAGUUUUAUCAUGGCUUAAAUAAGUUAACUGAUGCCGAAGAAGAAGUUCUAAAAGGUCAGCGCGGCUUAUGUGUCGAAAAUAACAUUUUAUUUGGCAUCAAAGUCUUUCGUGACUCAGUGAGAUUGAACUGUGCAUCCUUUGCACGUUCUCUCCUUUUCUAUGGUCCUUACCACCAGUAUCCAAUCCAUAUAGAUGUCGGUUUCAUGUUGCUAAGGGAAAUAGAUGCUCUUACACAACGUUUCUAUACUUUCCCAAUAGAAAUUCUGACCCUAGUCCAACUAAAGUACCUUGCUCUAACUUGCAAUGGAGAAGUCCCUUCAACCAUAUCUAAACUUUUCAACCUUCGAGUCUUGAUUAUCCAUCCACAUAUGAAAAUUAGACGUCGUGGAGCUCCAUCAUAUGUACCAAUACAAAUAUGGGACAUGAAAGAGUUAGAGCAUAUCGAGAUAUUGGGAAAAAGCCUUGUAGCUCCAUCUCAUGUUGUUUCAUUGGAAAAGCUCUCAACUCUGGUAGGGGUGAAUGCUAGUAUUUGCACUAUCUUCAAACUCUCCCAAAGAAUUCCUAACAUAAAGAAAUUAGGAAUACAGAUUGAGCUCACGCCUUAUGAGGAUUGUAACGAUCUUUUGAGUUGCUUUGAUUGCAUUUCAAGACUUGAAAGCUUAGAGACUCUCAAACUCAGCAUCACAAAUCCAGUCAUCAAGAAAGGUCGUGUUUUCCCAGUGAUUGAUGGGGCAUUGAAGUUGCCAUGUAAUUUGAAAAAGUUACAUUUGAGUGGUAUGGGGUUUCCAUGGAAAUACAUGAAUGACAUUGCCUCUUUGCCAAAUCUUGAAGCUCUCAAAUUGCGAUCCUAUGCCUUUCAAGGUUCACAUUGGAAUGCUAAAGAUUAUUGUUUUCCGUGUCUUAAGUUUCUUUUAAUUGAAGAAAGUGAUUUGGUGCAAUGGGAAUCAAAAAAAGGAGUCUUAUCCAGGCUUAAGUACUUAAGCUUGAAACAUUGCUACAAACUUGAAAAUAUUAGCUGUCACGACCACAAACUUCCUAAUGAUAGUGACUGCAUCUAA